UUCGGUCUGCCUUAGUAACGUUCAAAAAAAUCGUAACAAAAUUUGAAGUCCUUCAAAUCUUAGCCGCCCUUAAAAUGCCCGCCAUUGGAAUCGACCUGGGGACGACCUACUCCUGCGUAGGGGUGUUCCACCACGGCAAGGUGGAGAUCAUUGCCAACGACCAGGGAAACCGGGUGACGCCCAGCUACGUGGCGUUCACUGACACUGAACGCCUUAUAGGAGAUGCUGCCAAAAGUCAAGUUGCCAUGAAUCCGAAGAAUACGGUUUUCGAUGCGAAGCGAUUGAUUGGCCGGCGGUUCGACGAUCCCACGGUGCAGGCCGACCUGAAGCAUUGGCCUUUUUCGGUGCGGAACGAGGGUGGUAAACCGAAGAUUUGCGUGGAGUACAAAGGGGAGAGCAGGGUGUUCACUCCGGAGGAGAUCAGCUCGAUGGUGCUAACCAAGAUGAAGGAGAUCGCCGAGCGUUAUCUGGGGAAGUCUGUUCGGGAUGCAGUCGUCACGGUACCGGCUUACUUCAACGACUCACAACGUCAGGCGACUAAGGAUGCUGGGGCUAUCGCCGGGUUGAACGUAAUGCGGAUCAUAAAUGAGCCUACGGCCGCUGCGCUGGCGUACGGCUUGGACAAGAACCUUACAGGGGAACGUAACGUGUUGAUCUUCGAUUUGGGAGGCGGGACGUUCGACGUCUCUGUUCUAACAAUAGACGAAGGAUCGCUGUUCGAGGUUAAAGCUACGGCGGGCGAUACGCAUCUGGGAGGCGAGGACUUCGACAGUCGAUUGGUUGAUCACUUUGUGGAAGAGUUCAAGCGGAAGCACCGGAAGGAUAUAAAAGGCAGUCCAAGGGCUAUGCGACGGCUACGAACGGCAGUGGAGCGAGCGAAACGGACUUUGUCGUCAAGUACGGAGGCGUCCAUAGAGGUUGAUGCGUUACUCGAUGGUGUGGACUUCUUUUCGAAGAUAACCCGAGCUCGGUUCGAGGAGCUUUGUGCAGAUUUGUUCAAAUCGACGUUGCUGCCGGUUGAAAAAGCUCUGUCGGAUGCCAAAAUGAGUAAGGAAUCUGUGAAUGACAUUGUUCUAGUUGGUGGUUCCAAUAGAAUCCCCAAGAUUCAAAGCUUGCUGCAGAACUUCUUCUCCGGCAAAGUUCUAAACUUGUCCAUCAAUCCAGACGAAGCCGUUGCUUAUGGAGCAGCUGUCCAGGCAGCUAUUUUAAGCGGCGUCAAAGAUGCCACAAUACAGGACGUCCUCUUGGUAGAUGUCACUCCUCUCUCACUAGGAAUUGAGACAGCUGGAGGACUCAUGACCAACAUCAUCGAGCGGAACAGCAGGAUUCCGUGCAAACAAAUGAAGACCUUCACCACCUACGCGGACAACCAACCGGGAGUCGCCAUCCAAGUCUACGAAGGCGAACGGGCAAUGACCCGCGAUAACAACCUGCUGGGCAAGUUUGAACUGGUGGGCAUUCCGCCAGCCCCGAGGGGGGUACCGCAAAUCGACGUUUCGUUCGAUUUGGACGUCAACGGAAUACUGACUGUGACAGCCGUAGACAAGAGCUCCGGUAAAACCCGUAAUAUUCAGAUCCGAAACGAUACGGGACGACUAUCACAACAGGACAUUGACCGGAUGCUGGCCGAUGCCGAGCGAUUCAAGAUCGAAGAUAACCAGCAGAGACAGCGGGUGUGCGCUAAGAAUAAAUUGGAGUCGUAUUGUUUUAGUUUGAAAAGUACUGUGGAGGAAUCAGGAAAUCGGUUAAGUGACUCGGAUCACAAAAAAGUGGAGAAGAAGUGCGAGGAAACACUGAAUUGGUUGGACGAGAACAGCUUAGCAGAGAAGGACGAGUAUGAACGUCGGUACAAGGAACUGUCCAAGGUGUGUACUCCAAUCAUGACUAAAUUACAUCGUGAAGAGGAAUCAUCUGGGAAUAACGGGCCAACUAUUGAAGAAGUUAAUUGA